GAGUAACAUUGCCAAAAAUAUUGCAAAAAUAAAAUACCCUUCAAUUUCAUAAUUUUGAAGUUCGAACAAUUUUAAUUAUUACAAGAUAAGAUCAGAUAACAAUGGCAGCACAUAAUACGGAUCCUUCCACCGCUGCUGCUGCACAUCUUGUGGAUAUCGACGAACUGGAAUUGCUUGGCGUUGAUGUCGCCCAGUUAUUGCGAGAGGGAGAAGAAGCCAGUGGUACUGAUAAGGUGGCAUCAUCCACGGCACCGAACGUCUUGCUUGGGGGACCUUGCGGUCAUAGUUCUGCCAGUUAUUUCAGGGCGGAUGAUGCUGAUCAAGAGGAAACAGAAGAACAAAGUGAGGAAGCGGAAAUCUUGAGGAAGCAGAUUGAAAACAGAUUGCAAAUAGAUACGGAAAACAAGGUGAAAUCAAAUCCAGGCUUGCGCUUAUCGCUGAAAGAUCAAAAGGAUGCUACAGCCACGAUUCCCAUUACAAUAGCGCUUAUCGACUACUUGACAGAGUUACAGUGGAACUUAGAGCAGAAUCCCCAAGAAUUCUACUGUUCCCUUGACCUCCCAGGAACCCAGCCGGCAGAAGAAACGCUAACGACGACGCUGAGUGAUGACGUCCCUUCGAAAAGGACACGGUCACAAGUCAAAAAGACGCUUUAAUUCUAAAUUAGGCUCCCAAUUUGUCAUAUUUAUUCCCAAUUCGAUGGAACAGGACGCUAAUGAAGAGGGUCAAAAUUAACCCACUCAUCGUCGUCCCUCAUCUCGCAAAUGUAUAAAAAGAACAAAAUUACUUAAUUAACAAAUUCCAAUGACCAAAAAAACAGAAGAUGAUUCCAAUUCCAAUCAAAUCCGGCAAUCCUGCAAAUCCCCAUCAUUCAAAUAAUAAAACAAUGGAUUGCAAUCUUCAGAUCUCAAGGGGACUCGUUAUGCAUUUCAUGCCAUGAAAAGCAAAGAACAGAGAUUCUCUUCACCCAGUCAAUGCUGCCUGCCUGCCUGAAUCCUAUUAUUUAAUUCUCCUCCUUCCGACUCGACACCACUCUCGACAUUCUCCGUCCAUCCUAUAUAUGCGAGUCCCCUCAACAACAACCUGCAAGUAGGACCAGAAUCUCGACCCCGACAUCACCACCAUCACUAUUACUAUACCUUCUGAAGAGCCACCUUCUAAAAUCAUAGCAAAAAAAGUGCAGCAGGAUUGCGCUUGAGUUUGUAAAAAGCGGAAUCAACCAGAACUCUGGUGCGUAUCUGUGUAUAUGUACAUACGAGAAGACCAAGAAGAAGAAGCCUUUUAGCUGCUUUUUAGCUUAGCUCUGCUCCUGCUGCCUGCACCACUUAAUCCCAUCCACAAUAAUAACACGGCUUCUCAUAACCUACCUACUUAACUUCCUUCCGUUUUUGAGUGAGAACAAUAACAACAACACCACAACAUCGAAACUUGUUUCGAUGUCGUUGCAUGGGUUGACAUAAAAUCAAGGAUGGGAUGAAAACGAUAAUUAAAGAUAGGAAUCAGGAGACAGGAAGGAUAAAGAAAGUAGAAAGGUUGUUCAACGAGACGCGGCGCAGGAGGAAGAGUAACUGCCAUGCUGAGCACACCCCUCUACAAUGUGACCAGUGCCCCUACUCUCAUCCCCAUAACGCCAAAUCCUCCCCACAUUCAUCGCGGCGGAGGACCUUCUGUUCCCGUACCACCCCAAUUUCCUCACGGUUUGGAACAUCUGCCUCCAUCAAUCAUCCCAAUCUUCUUCCCUUCACCACCCUUCGGCAAUGGGGGCAACUUUAAUCACUCCACGCCUCGAGUAUUUCAUCACGGUAUCGCGCACGACCCCGUCUUCACUUCCGGCGUCGCCAAUGGGAAUGGAAAACCAUGUCCGGAUCUUAAUGGGCGCAAGAUUCCAAGUGGAAUGCACUACGUUCCAGGACCGGACGAAUGCACGCUAUGCGUCUGUGAGGACGGGGGGCCGAAAUGGUGCAAGGCGGUGUUAUGCUCGCCUCCUACGGACUGUAAAUCGUUCCGAGUGGGUUCUUCCUGUUGCGACUUUAUCUGUCUGGACGACUCUCUGGGUGGGAAGGGAUCUGGCGGAGGGCAGAAAACGGGUGGACCCUUCAACGGCGGCCCACUCGACUUGGCUGACGUCGUCCCCAAAAUUAUCAUCGUGGCAAUCACGACAAUUUUGUCAAUGUCGCUCCUCCUCUUUUUGAUACAUCGCUUGAGACAGAAACAAAUUCAGGGUCGACUAAAUUCAGCCGUAGCUCGAGCCCGUUGUGGCGAACAUGACUGCGAGGACGGUCGAAGUGUGGAUUUUUCUAUGGAUUUCUUUGACCGAGGUCCACCUCCACCGCAUUACAUGUCGUGGUGGAAACCUCCCACAACGUCAUACUUCCCUCCAAGAGGGGAGGCUCCACCGCCAUACGAGGAAGCCAUCGCGUCAACCUCUAACUCACUUCCAUCAACAUUCACCGCCAUUUACAACAACAACAAUGCUCUCGUACCAACGGGAGGAGGAGGAGAAACAGCUGGUCAAGAAGGACCACCUCCACCGACAGCUGAAUUGUACCGGACAGAGACACAAGAAUGCAACGGGGUGACGAUUGCGACGACAUCUUUAACAACAACGGACGGUGAUCCAACGGUGACGACGACAACAUCAUCACAAAAUAAUAACCAAGUGGAUCCUCCCAAUGGAACAAGUAUCAGUCAACAACAAAGCGAAAAUGCUGGUGCUUCUACAUCUUCAGCAACCUCUCGUCUCCUCCCGUUCACAAAGACGAAACGAUUCCCGAGCGUGAAUACGCGCAUUCCACCGCCACCAUCCACAUCUUGUCCUACUCGGUCAAUGAUUGUGAUCGGAUCAAAUUUCGAGUCUGGCAUGAGAGGAGGAGGACAACGAACCGGAAGCGAAACUGAACAUCUCCGCCGAUCACAACAAACUGGUGGUGGGUCCACCUCCUCCCAUCUCACCUCCAGAAUCGGCACCUUUCUCACCAACAUGCUUCCCCUCCCACUCGGCUCGUCGUCGUCCUCUUCAAACAGCAGCAGCUUCGGUGGUGCUAAUCACAAUUCCUCUGCUAAUCCGACAACCAACUCGAGCAGUAUCCUCCUCCCCCUCAACAACUAUCCGCCACCCUACGAUUACGCCGAGGAAGCUGAGAAUCCCUACUACUUACGCCACCCACAGCAAAGUCUCACCCUCCCGAGACACUUUGCAAGUCAAGAGCCGAGCACGUCAACCUUUGCAAGAUCUCAACAACACAUUCACCCGCAAAGAUUUAGUCUACAGUUGCACCCAAGUGGUGGACGGAGUGAUGGGUGUGGUUGGUCUUCAUCCGCCUCCAGUUCGACGUUAUCCCUCUCGCCAAAUUCUCCGAAUGAAGACACCCUCGGCUUGGGCGGGGUGAGUGGAAGCUGUGGGGGCAGCGGGAGCGGGGGGAGGAUGUCUCAUCGACCACCGUCACUCUCUUCAAGCUCUUCCUCGAAUGGUUCCGGAACGAAUGUGACCCUGUAAUUCGUCUCAUCUCGAGAAGAGUGUGACCUGAUUUCUUCUUGACCUGGCAUGUCUGAGCUUAAAAAUAUCGGCAUCUUCAACAAAAUUCGGAGAACAAGUGGGAAACUAUUUCCUCGUACAAAUGGGACUGAUGUAAAACCUGUGAAAAAUAUUUUGUUUCCUCUUUCUAAACAAUACCCAAAUAUGAUUUUUGUAUGAUCUCGAUUUCUUCUCAUCCCUGUUUUAUUAGUAUUUUUGAAAAGAUGAUCAUGAUCAUGAACAGAAUUUUUGUAGUUUGUGUAGCCAAAAAGAGAACAAUUCACUCAGUAAUUGACAGACAUUUAAAUGAGGAUUACCUCAUUUGUCAUGUCAUGAAUAAGUAUUAUUAUUAUAAUGUAGACUAUUUUAAUCAUCUAUGCAUGUUAAUUCUCACGAUGAUUUAUGUGUGGUUAAAUAAUAAAGUGAAGCAACCGAAAUAA